AUGCGAUGCUCCUUCACAUGUCCAAUUUGUCGAAGGGAUGUGAUUCAAGUGGUCAACGACAAGGUGACCUCAGCUAGGAAAGAUGAACCAAUGGAGAAUGGCAAUUCUCAAACCAAAGAUCACACAAGUUCCAAUCCUCCGGUUGGUAUGACAUCAACUGAGGGAGACGCUACUCCUACUUCCCCAGUCAAUCCUCACUCAACUACGUUGCUCAGUACGAGUGGCAACUGGCUACCCUUCUCGCUCAAGAUUGAGGAGACGACAAGCGACAUUGAAUCGAGCGAUGAUGAAGAUGGAAUGCAUGAUUCGUUUGGCGAGAGUGCUGCAAAUCUUCAAGAUGAUUCCGAUUCAACUCCAACUACACAAUGA